CCGAUAAUCACAAAGGGAAACCACAAUUUUUCGUUCACUAUUAUUAUGAUAUAUGAAAUAUAACUUAUUAUCAGUGUUCGUCGAACUUAUUUUGCUGAAUUGAACAAAAAAUUGGUUCGCCCGUUUAGAACACUUCUAAGAGCAUGUCUUCGGCAACAACGAAUGAGUCCUUUUUUGAUGGUGAAACCGAGUCCGAGAAUCUCCUGGCCCUCCUUUCUCCCGUCGGGAAAGCAGUGCAGAGUGCUUGGAAGGAAGCAGUUCAAAAAGGCCUUGUGCGAGCUGCAGCGGAGGACACUUCCACCGUACUAAGAACUAUUAUCGAGGCACACAGAAUGGAGGGAGCGCAGCCGUCGGAGAUGACCAUGACCAUGAAUAUUGAGGGUGACCUUAUGGGCUAUGCCGCAUCGGUUGGCCCUGGCAGGCGAGUGCUUCCCGAAGCUCCGAGUUCGAAAUCUACGGUGAACGGUGUGACUGCUGUCAUUGGCAACACCCGAGUGCGUUUUGGUGACGGAACAGACGCAUUGCUCCGAGUAAAGGGCACCGUAACCCUUGUGAUUGACGAUGAGGCGGAAGAUUUCGGUACGGACUUUGAUCUGAUGCAGCUGGACGAAGGCGUUGUAGAUCAGGAAUCCGAUGUAGAAGAAGGGGAAUCCCAGCAGGAGCCAGUUGUCACCUGAUCAGAUAAACAGUCCUGCAUUUGUACCGGCAUAAUUGAUUUCUCUCCGGCUUUUUGUUUGUAUGACAUUUUUCCAAAUUUUUUUUGCAUUCGUUGAUACGGGAACCGGGACUAUGGUAUAAAUCGGUUAAAAAAUUUUUUAUGCAAAACGCUUGUGCGUUUGAUAAUGAAUAUAAGAUAAGUGCAAUGGUAGAUUUGUGAUAGCUGAGAUUGCAUCUGAAUGAGUCCGGUCACUAAAAGUUGGACAUUCGCUAUCGUUUCCACAGCUUGUUUUUACACGUGCGUGGUUGUGCUUAUCGAAUAGCAAUCUUUGCGAUUUUGUGUGUGAUUUUGUAUGUGAAUUAGGAAGGCAUCCAAGUUCUGCCAAGAACUUCGCAGUGUGAUGGAAACAUUUCAAGUAAAACCUUUCGAAUGUGAAUUUCUUUUACUAACUUAGAAUAAAAACUGUCUUGCGCUAAUGUUCUACUGUUUCACAAGGUUCUGUUGACUUCCAAUCUGAUUUUUCGAUAUACCUCUUAUCAUAAAACUUUUGCCAUGUUGCGAAAACGAAAAGCCUUGAGUGAUUUAAAAAAGCGAUAUGAUGCGGUUGUGGUUGGUGGUGGCCACAAUGGAUUGGUUGCGGCGUGUUACUUGAGAAAUGCCGGACUGGACGUGGCAGUUCUGGAACAGCGGCCAGUAAUUGGAGGUGCUGCAGUCACAGAGGAAAUUGUUCCCGGAUUCAAAUUUUCCAGAGCAUCAUACUUACUGAGUCUUCUCCGUCCCGUUGUAUAUAAUGAUUUGGAUUUGAAGAAACAUGGCUUAAAACUUCACUUCCGCAAUCCAUAUUCCUUCACGCCGAUGAAAGGGUCCACACAAUCGUUGCUGUUAGGAACAAACCAUCAAGAAAAUCAUGCACAAAUAUCCAAAUUUUCCGCCAAGGAUGCUGACAAUUUUAUCCGUUACGAAGCUUUACUGAAUCAGAUUGUCGAUGCCAUCGAUCCGUUAUUCGAUAUUCCGCCACCAAGCUUUGCCGGUCGGAACAGAAGGAAAGAAAACUAUUCCAGCUUUAAACAAGUGGCUAAAACAGCGUACUCCCUUCGAAAAGUCUUUCCGGAGACAUACGAAUUACUGACAGCACCCAUUUCUAAAGUAUUAAAAAACUGGUUCGAAAGCGAACCUCUGCGGGCUACACUGGCCACCGAUGGACUAAUCGGCAGCAGUCUGGGUCCGCACUGCGCCGGUACCGGCUACGUUCUGCUGCACCACGUCAUGGGUCGUCUGGAGAACCGCCCAGGGGCGUGGGCCUAUGUCGAAGGGGGCAUGGGUGCUGUCUCGGAGACUAUCGGCAACGUCCUGGAAGCGCGCGGUGGACAUAUUUUCACCAAUGCAAAGGUCACCGAGAUCGCCACAUCAGCGGAUGGUGUCCGUGGCAUCCGAUUGGCAACGGGCGAAGAGAUUCAGGCGCCAGUGAUCUUGAGUAACGCCACAGUCCGGAAGACAUUCCAGGAAUUCCUGCCCAACGCGUCCAUUGAUAGUAGCUUGCGGACGCAAGUGGACAAUAUUGACUACGCCUCGCCGGUUGUCAAAAUCAACGUAGCGCUGUCCCGCAUCCCGGAUUUUUCCAAGGCGGGCAAUAAAGUUCUGCCGCAUCAUCAGUGCUCAAUUCAUUUGAACUGCGAAUCCAUUGAUAUCUUGGAUGAUGCUUAUAAAGAUUUCGUUAAUGGAAAACCGUCGAAAAAGCCCAUGAUCGAGAUGGUCAUCCCGUCCAGUUUGGAUCAUACCAUAUCGCCGCCCGGUGCGCAUGUGGCGUUACUCUUCGUGCAGUAUUUGCCUUAUGGAAUCAGUGCGGCUUGGUCGGAAACUGACCGCAACAACUUUGCAAAAGAAGUUUUUAAGCAAAUCGAUGACUAUGCGCCCGGUUUUACAACAUCCGUUCUGGGAUAUGAAGUUCUGACACCUCACAUUUUGGAGCAGACCUUUGGAUUGACCGGAGGAAAUAUAUUCCAUGGAAGUCUGAACUGGGAUCAGCUGUUUUUCAGUAGACCUCUUGCAAAGAUGACUGGCUACCGAACGCCGGUUAAAGGGCUUUAUUUAUGCGGAAGCGGUUGUCAUCCAGGCGGAGGCGUAACUGGAGCACCCGGACGGCUGUCGGCGCAGGCUGUUCUGAAUGACCUCAAGAAAAAGUGAAAGGAGCGUUUACUUGGGCAAUAACAGGGGCAAUAACAGGGGCAAUAACAGUUGUUUUUGACCUUUAGCAGGGAUGAAAGUUAAGACUGUGGGGCUCUUUGUGGCCUUUAAUUUUUGCUCCGUUUCUGCCCAUUAUCUAUGAUUAUUCAUGGCAUGGAAUGCUGCAUAAGACGCUCAGAAUAAAGCUUGUGUAUGAGGGAAUUGCACGGUCCCAGAACGCUAACUA